CUUCGACUUGUUCGUUUUUUUUUAUUACACCACUUUCGUUCAUCCAGCUAGGUUGCUGUUGAGCUUCAGGCUCACGCACCGUUACAUUCGCUGAAGUAUCAUUCUUCUCGGGAUCAUUUUGGAUACUCAUCAUCUACAUUCGCUUACUUUCUUUGUGGGGGUGUGAUUACAUCAACUUUUAUCCACGUAUCACCACUAUUCACUCGCUUGAGGCGGUGGAACAAAUCUAUUCAUCGACUAUCAUCAGUAUACCCAGCCAACAAAGACACAAUGCCUUCAUCAACCGCUUCAGUCUUCACAGUCUCGCUGCUGGCUACAAUAGCCACAGCCUCACCCUUUGCUGAGCAACAGCCGGCCGCCCGCCUGAACACUCGCGACAUGGCAAGACCAAAGUUCAGCAACGUCCCCUACGGCCAGCAGCUGAAAUCUUGCGUCCAGCCCAACAUGAUUGCUCUGACGUUUGACGACGGACCGGGCAUGUACACCUCCCACGUGCUUGACCUACUUGAGAAGGCCGGCAACCUCAAGGCGACCUUCUUCCUUAACGGCAAAAACGGCCAGAACGGCAUGGAAAUCACGGCCGUGUCAUCGGUAGUGAAGCAAAUGAUGAACGCCGGUCACCAGGUGGGAAGCCACUCGUACAGCCACAAGAACUUUGACCAGAUCUCUGCGGACGAGCAGGCACAGGAACUGUUGCGCAACGAGGAUGCCUUUGUCAACCUCAUUGGUGUGGUUCCAACCUAUUUCCGUCCUCCGUACACUGCCUGUGGAGCCACCUGUUUGGCGACUGCCGGCAAUCUGGCCUACCAUGUUACCGACUACGACCUCGACACCAAGGACUAUGAGGGAAACCUAGAGGCGUCCAAGAACAGGUUCCAGGAUGGCAUGUCUCAGGCGCCCAAGUCGUGGGUAGUGCUCUCGCACGACAUCCACGAGCUGACUGCCAACACCUUCACGCCCUUCAUGAUCGACACGGCCAAGGCUAAGGGCUACAAGUUCGUCACCAUCGGCGAGUGCAUGGGCGAUCCCAAGGAGAAUUGGUACCGCGACCCUACCACCGGCCGCGCCGUCGCCGCCCUCGGCAGCAGCAACAACGUCAAGCCACACGCACCAGAUAGCAGCUCGGUCGCCUCCACGACAGGUGCCAGCACCACGGCCGGUAGCAUGUCGUCCUCGAGGGCGACGUCCACACCGUCGGCUGUUGGGACGGGCAACAACAGCAGCGCAAAUUCAAACGCCUCGAGCACGAACUCUGCGGGCAGCCCGUCGUCGACAACCGCCGCUCCUUCCAAUGAAGGCGCAGCUAGCCGGAUGGGCUUUGGCAGCCUUUUAGCUUCUGUCGUCUGCGGAGCCACCCUAUUCGCUGUCUUGAUGUGAUGAACAAAAGGAAACCGCAUCAAAGAGCAAAGAAACUCAAAAAAACCUCGAAAAAAAAAUAUAUAAACCUUGAUGGCUAGAAAAGGUGUUCUUGUUUUUCUCUUUCUUGGACAAACUUCUCUUUGGAUAUAACCCUUUUUUCUUUUCUUCAUCGCAGCUGGUUAGAAAGAUGAGCCGGCCUUUUUAAUGCUAUUCGGCGCUUUGGAGAUCGUGCUUCCCCAUAUUGCUCGGCACUCGGCGCGUCGAAGGACGAUGAAAUGCCAAGACCACAUAAGGACCGGGGGGUGUCUUGGGGUGACCUUCAAGGAUGGUUGAGCUGGAUAUUGGAACGUGCGCAAUUGAUACCCGGGGAUUUCGGUUUCUUUUUCUUGUAUACUUUUUUCGUUUUUGGAACGGGUGACAGUAAAGCGCAGCGAGUUUUGAUAGCGAGGAGAUGAGGUUUAGAACUCUCUCUCUUGCUCUGUUUGUCUCUCCUGCUUCUGCCGGAGCUAUUCUUUGUUACUUCGUUUGUCGUUUUUUGCUUUUCUUAUAUAGAUAGAGUGUCCCUCAGUGGGGACGAGAUUUUUAACUCUUCAGCCAUCAUUCUAUCGUUCGAGGUCGCUUACUUGAUGGUUUUGUGUGGGAACCCUUGCAUGCGACGGCGCAAGAUGUGAUGAUGAAGAGAGCAUGGGCGAAAGAGGGCAACGAAGCCCCUCACGUCGGAACAUCCUCCUCCCAGGGUGGCAUACUCGUGUCAUCUCAGGUUUGGACAGGCGUUGGAUUUGAGUUGAGUCGCGUCGUCGAACCGGGUAAAUCCUCGUCCAUCAUAUGGUCCUCGGCGCAGUCGUACAGGGAGAAGCCCAGGAAGCAAGGACAGAAAGAGGUUGUUCCAUGAUCUAGGCUGAAAU